AUGCCUCAGGCCCAGUGCCUGGGUCUCCUGCGCACGGCCCUUCAAGAACGCAAGGCGCACGAUAGCGACGAGCACAAGGCCGCUGCGCACUCUGACGAGUCGCACGGCGAGCUGAGCAAGGCACAGUCGCAGCGCCCCGUCAUGAUUCUGUGCCUCCCCCGCCUGUCGCCGAGCGAGACGGUGCCACUGGUCAAUGAUACGCUCGAGGGCCUCUUUGAGUGGGGCUGUGUCGCGCGCGUGCUACGCCUCGUCAACUCACCCGUGUCGGAAGAGUGCCGUCUGAUGGUGUCGGGAAUUGCACGCGUGCAAGUCGUGCGCCAGGUGCUGUCAACCGACACGGUCCCUGCCGGAUCGGUGGCGGACGUCAAGGUGCACUCCAAGGACCUCGUCGCCAAGCCGGGCCAGCACGAGACGCCGGCGGCCGCCGACAUGCGCCGCAUUGCGCGCACUAUCACCGAGACCCUCGGCAGGAUCCGUGUUGCGGACGGCACGCUGGUCAACUCGAUGGUGUCGCGCGUCCCGCUCUUGCCACCGGUCCUCGAAAAGCGCGUGCAGGUACUGCUGCGCACCAAGGACCAGAUCAACGCCGGUGUGCUCUCCGACCUGCUCGUUGGCUGGCUCGGUGGCGCCUGUGUAUGGGAGGACCGCCUGACGCACCUCACGCUCGUCGACCCGCCCAAGCGCCUCGAGUUUACCGUCGAGAUGUUUGAGCGUGGGCUGGAGCGCGUGCGUGUCAUGCGCGAGCUGCUGAUGAAUGUGCCGUACGCGCUGCACGAUCAGCAGCGUACGGCGCUUGCGCGUGCGCAGCUCGAGGUGAUUAUCGCACAGCUCGCAAGCAUCAACCCAUCGAUCUCUGCGUCGCUGCGUGUCAUUGGCGACACGAACGAAAAGAGCGAUGAGCGCACCGUGAUCCGCCGCCCACAGGUCAAGAACGACGAGCGCCCGCCGGCGGUGGUGCGCCGCGCCGUGGGCAACGACCCUCGCCGCCCGCCCGAGGACGCGGAUAGCGACGACGAGGAUGACGGCGAAGACGAGGUUGCGCAGCUCUCCAAGCGUAUCGCUGACGCACGCCUCUCGCCCGAGGCGCGCAAAGUGUGUAAACAGGAGCUGCGCCGCCUCAAGCGCAUGCCGACACAGAGCAUGGAGCGUGGCAUCCUGAUCAACUACCUCGAGACCAUGGUCGAUCUGCCGUGGGAGCGCACGACGGCCGAGAUGGACCCUGCGGAGCUCAAGUCGCUGAUUCCCACGUCGCUUGCAGGCGACCUGCAGGACGAGCCGCUGAUUCCGCGCGCACGCAAAGUGCUCGAGGCCGACCACUACGGCCUGGACAAGAUCAAGAAGCGCAUCCUCGAGUACCUUGCCGUGCUCGACCUGAGGCAGGUGCAGGCGCGCGAGUCGGCCGCCGACUCGGCUGCCGAGCAGGCCAAGGACCAAGGCGAGGAGCCGCUCCAGAUCGGCCCGAUCUCGGUGCAGUACAAAGGCCCCAUCCUGCUGCUCGUUGGCCCGCCCGGCACCGGCAAGACGUCGAUUGCGCGCUCGCUCGCGGCCGCGUUGCAGCGUCCAUUUACGCGCCUCUCGCUCGGUGGCGUACGUGACGAGGCCGAGAUCCGCGGCCACCGCCGCACGUACGUCGGCGCGCUGCCCGGCUCGAUCGUCACGGCGCUGCGCCGUGCCAAGGUGAGCGACUGCGUGAUGCUCCUCGACGAGGUCGACAAGCUCUCAAGCGGCAACGGCGUGCACGGCGACCCUACCGCGGCCUUGCUAGAGGUCCUGGAUCCCGAGCAGAACCACACGUUCAAGGACCACUACAUCAAUGUGCCGAUCGAUCUGAGCCGCGUGCUCUUUAUCGCGACGGCCAACACCCUCGACACGAUUUCUGAUCCCCUGCUCGACCGCACCGACGUCGUGUCUGUGCCUGGCUACACGCACGACGAAAAGGUAGCGAUCGCCCGCCGCCACAUCCUCCCGAAGCAGAUCAAGGCACAGGGUCUGCAGCCCAACCAAGUCGAGAUCGGCGACGAUGUCCUGCUCAAGAUCGCCACGUCGUACACACGCGAGGCCGGCGUGCGCUCGAUGGAGCGCCGUAUCGGCGAUGUGGUGCGUGCCAAGGCCGUCGAGUACGCCGAGCACCGCUCGCUCGGCGGCGUCUCGUCGAGCAAGCCGUACGACCCGGUGGUGCGCCUGAGCGACCUCGAGCACAUCCUUGGCAUCGAGACGUAUGAGCCGGAAGUCGCCGACGCGGAAGGCGUGCCGGGCGUCGCGACCGGCCUUGCCUACCAGGGCUCGGGCAACGGUGGGAUCCUGCACAUUGAGUCGGCCUUUAUGCCGCCUGGCACGAGCCAGCUGCGGCUUACCGGCUCGCUUGGCGACGUGAUCCGCGAGUCUGCCGAGCUCGCCUUUUCGUGGGUCAAAGCGCACGCUUUUGCGCUCGGCAUCACCGAGACGCGUGCGUCCGAGUUUCCCAAGAACGACGUGCACCUACACAUUCCCUCGGGCGCCACGCCAAAGGACGGCCCGAGCGCAGGCAUCGCCAUGACCUGUGCGCUCGUCUCGCUCUACCUGCGCGUGCCGCUCGACCCGCACCUCGCCAUGACGGGCGAGAUUACGCUCCGCGGCCACGUCACGCCGGUCGGUGGUAUCAAGGAAAAGGUGCUCGGCGCGCACCGCGCGGGCAUCCGCAAAGUCAUUCUUCCCGCACGCAACCGCAAGGACUUUGAGCAGGACCUGCCCAAGGCCGUGCGCGAGGACCUCGACGUGCGGUUCGUCACGACGAUCCAAGAGGCGCUCGUGGCCGUGUUUGGCAUGAGCCUCGAAGCGCAGAUCAAUACACUCUAUGGCGACCGCGAGGGUGCACGCCGGCUCCAGGAGCUCGAAUGGCAUAGCCGUUUGUAA